AUGGUAGCCUCUGGUUCAGAUGAGAACAAUAUUAACUUUGGUUUUGAUGGUGAUAACGAUCAAACAUGUUCAUUAAGAGAACUUCGUCUUCCAACAUUCAUAGAUGGACCUCCUAAAUUUAAACUACCAACCACCAUCGAAUAUCUGGAUAUUGGUAACAAUGAUCUAGAUGAUAUAUUACAUUUGUUACCACCAACACUCAAUACUCUUCAUUCCAAAUGCUAUCAAAUCAUCUAUAGAUUUAAGAAAAAUCAAAACCAAACAAUUAGAAAGUUAGACGAUAAUUAUAAUUUAUUAUAUUCUGAAAAUGAAUGUUCACCUAGAGGAAAAUUAAUCGCUAAAAUGGUCAAUCAAUCUAAACUAGAGUUAAUUUUUAGUAAAGGAAUAGAAUAA